AUGCUUACCAAAGUGAUGCCGAGUGCAGAAUGUCAUACCAACCAUUACCUUGUUCACUGCAAACUAAAGCUCCACUUUAAACUCGAACUAAGAAAAGGAGGGCCCUCUGUAAAAAGUUCAAGGUUGGCAGUUUUCACUCAGACCAAAGCUAACUUCCAAGCAGCACUUGAGUCAAGGCUUGAAGAUCUGUUGUUAAAAUCUCCCUCUCUCUUUCUUUUUCUCUCUCCCUCUUUUUUUUCUCUCCCUCUCUCUUUCUUUUUUUUCUCUCCCUCUCUCUUUCUUUUUUUUCUCUCCCUCUUUCUUUUUUUUCUCUCCCUCUCUCUUUUUUUCUCCCUCUCUCUUUCUUUUUUCUCUCUCUCUCUUUUUCUCUCUCUCUUUUUUCUCUCUCUUUUUUCUCUCUCUCUUUUUUUUCUCUCUCUCUUUUUUUUCUCUCUCUCUUUUUUUUCUCUCUUUUUUCUCUCUCUUUUUUUCUCUCUUUUUUCUCUCUUUUUCUCUCUCUUUUUUUCUCUUUUUCUCUCUUUUUUUUCUCUCUUUUUCUCUCUCUUUUUUCUCUCUUUUUUUUUCUCUCUUUUUUUUCUUUUUUUUUUUCUUUCUUUUUCUCUCUUUUCUUUUUUCUCUUUCUUUUUUUCUCUCUUUCUUUUUUCUCUCUUUCUUUUUCUCUCUUUCUUUUUUUUCUCUUUCUUUUUCUCUCUUUCUUUUUUUUCUCUCUCUUUCUUUUCUCUUUCUUUUUUCUCUCUCUUUCUUUUUUUUCUCUUUCUUUUUUUCUCUCUUUCUUUCUUUUUUUCUCUCUUUCUUUCUUUUUUUCUCUCUUUCUUUCUUUUUUUCUCUCUUUCUUUCUUUUUUUCUCUCUCUCUCUUUUUCUCUCCAUUCAUCCAAUGA